UCACGUCACCGCCCCCCACCCCCCGAUCCUCGAACGUUAACUCAGCCUUACCACCACCACCACACCACGACCUGCUCUCGACAGUGCACACACCCGCAUAAUCGCCACAUCAGAUAACCACCAUCAGCACUCUUCUUCCACGUUCCGCACCCUUCCGUCCACAAUCCACAAUGACCACCGCCGGCCUCACCCUGUCCGACCUCGAAUCCGCAAUCCGCACCAAGCUCGACGCAAGCCACAUCGAAGUCGUCGACGUCUCUGGCGGCUGCGGCCAAAUGUUCGAGGCGGUGAUAGUUUCGGACCAUUUCCUGGGGAAGACACGCCUGAUGCGCCAUCGCAUCGCGAAUACGGCGCUCAAGGAGGAGAUUGCCACCGUGCACGCGUGGAGUCAGAAGUUGUACACGGGGGCGGAGUGGGAGAAGGAGGUGGAGAAGGUGAAGGCUACUCAAGAGUAGGGGAGGGG